GUUCUACCAGUGCUCAUGGUCAGUGCAAUGGGUUCCUUCAUCGUUGGUGGUGGUGGCCUGAUGUUUGGAGGGAGGCACUAUCACCAUAGAAUGCCGGCAGUGGGUUCGCCAGCUUUUCCGUCAGCAACAGCUAUUGGUGUGAAGAGCAAGGGGUUGAAGAUUGGAAGUUUUGGGAUUUGUCGAGCUGUUCGUGAUCCAGAAGAAGCUCCAGAGCUAAGAAACUCCAAAAAGAACGAAGCUGUGGACGAGAACAAGGAUCCUGGGAUUGACAGGCGCGAGCUGUUUCUCUCGAUUCUCGACGAUGUCAAGAUCAUUGGAGUGGUUCUCGCCGCUUCGAUAUUUUUCCGGUGGUACGUUGCAGACCCGAGCAUCAUUCCGUCCGAGUCUAUGUCUCCAACGCUGCAGCCUGGAGAUAUUGUGCUCGUUGAAAAGUUUUCAUAUCGAUUCAACUCUCCUGACAUCAAUGAUAUUGUCACGUUUGAUGGUCCUGCGUCACUGAUGCAAGGUGCUGGAGAUUUAUUCAUCAAGCGAAUCGUUGCCAAAGCGGGCGACACUGUUGAAGUGUCCGACGGAAAACUCAUUGUCAAUGGAAUUACGAAAGAAGAACCUUUCGUCUCGGAAGCCGCAAUUUAUGACAUGCCUUCGGUGCUUGUACCUGAUGGUCACGUCUUCGUUAUGGGAGACAACAGGAACAACAGCUAUGAUUCGCACAUAUGGGGCCCUCUUCCUGUGUCGAGCAUCCGGGGCCGCUCCGUCUUGAGGUACUGGCCUUUAACAAGGCUCGGCAGCACACUUGGUUGGAUUCGUCAAUCAAUGUGAGGAGUUUUGACUUCCACUUUCUAAAGACUGAACGUCUUGGUCGAUGCCAUAUGCGUGACAACCGAAAAGCACCGAAAAGCCGAGCUAGUGGAAGACGAAGUGGACAUCGAAGAAUAGCUACAGGAACACGAGUUUAUUGCCA